CAUUGAAACUCCCAUGGCUUUCACUUAAUAUUGUUAAACGUUUCUCUAUGCAUAUGGGUUUCCUAUGCAUAGAGAUGGACUCCGAAUGAACACGUUUCAGCGAACUAAGCUCAAGAGCUAUCUGAAAACGUGAAAGUCGUCGUCAUGACGAUAACGAAGCCAGAUCAGCCCAAUACAGAUGCUUAUUAUUUUUUUUUUAGAGAGGGCCAUGUUUCAAGAACCUAUAGAAAGUAGCGACUUUGAAGAGGUUGUUGAGAAGUCUGAGGUACGUGCAGCCCUUGUCGACGAACUCCUCGUAUCUACAGAGUCUCAAACAACAGAGAAUGUACCUAGAAGCCACAAUCGUAAAUGGGUACCGUUCGACUGUGUUCUGGCUGAAUUUCGAAGUAAUCAGAGCACUAUUGACAACCAACGAGAUCUCUCCCCAUCUACAGGACAGGAAGAAAACAGACCAGUAAAAAACAAAGCUGAAUCGAACAAUGCCGGGACUAAAAAACCUGUCAAAAUAGACCUGAAUGCCCAAUUCAAAUCGUCGAAGUUAGUUAAAACAUCGAGUAGGUGUACUGGCCAAAAAUUCGUCCCAAGCAAAGCGUACGAAAAUGUAUUGAAAUAUAAAUCCACAGUUUUCACUCGAGUAAAAUCGGGAAUGAAAUCUAAACCAAGCCUUCUUGGUCCUUUGCAAAAAAAGGCGAAAGAGACAGGAAAAAAUGCCAUUGCCUCAAACGACAAAAAAAGAGAGCGUCUUUCCAGCCUCUUCUGCUGCUUUCGUCUAAAGCGGUAAUCGUUGUAUGAUGGAAAACAGCUGAUUCGUAUUUUACAUAAGCCUGGCAAUUGAGAAGAGCGACAAGUCAAUGU